AUGAGGCGCGCUAACUUGGGUGAAGCAGCAUCUGGGAACUAUGUUGCAAGUGGAUACAGUGUGUACGAAGAGGAAAAUGAACAUUUACAGGAGGGACUGAGAGCCAAAGUCAGCGCUUUAAAAAGUUUGUCUAUCGAUAUAGGAACGGAAGUGAAGUACCAAAAUAAAAUGCUGGAUGAGAUGGACAGCGACUUCGAUUCAACAGGCGGUCUUCUCGGCGCCACCAUCGGCAGAGUCAAAAAGCUUUCUAGAGGCAGUCAAACCAAACUACUGUGCUACAUGUUGCUCUUCUGCCUUUUUGUCUUCUUCGUACUCUACUGGUUCAUCAAGUUGAGGUGA